AUAGCGAGAGCACAUCCGGGCCUCUGCCCUCAGCGUCCCCGGCCCCAAGAUGGCUACCUUUUGGCGUCUCUGGCGCUGUUGAAUGGAGAAAGCUUUAUUGUUCCCUUCGGGCAGGAGUGUUCGUGUCCUCUAUGGCGCUGUCAAUAAAGAACGGCAGUUUGAAUCGGUACUGAACAGGUUUCCAAUUGGAGACAUUGAAAAGGAACACCGGGAAGCUGGUACACCAGCUGUUGGAAGUAUACACCAGAAUUUAGAGGAGGCUGGAGCUGGAGAGGUGAUGAGGAUGCCCAGCGUAGGAAACGGGAGCCUGGCCCGGCUGAACCUCGCUAGGUGGAGUCUGGAGAGAGAGAGGAAGGAGUCGAGGGCGGAUCUACACCAUGGAACUCCCCAACUACAGCCAGCAGCUGCUGCUGCAGCUCUACGCCCUGUGCAAGGAGCAGCGCUUCUGUGAUUGCACCAUUUCCAUUGGCAACAUCUACUUCAGGGCCCACAAGCUCGUCCUGGCAGCGGCCAGCCUCCUGUUUAAAACCUUACUGGACAGCACAGAUGCCAUCUCCAUCGAUGCAUCUGUGGUGAGCCCCGAGGAGUUUGCCCUCUUGCUAGAAAUGACAUACACUGGCAAGCUCCCCAUGGGCAAACACAACUUCUCCAAGAUCAUCUCCUUAGCAGAUAGCCUGCAGAUGUUUGAUGUGGCUGUUGGUUGUAAAAAUCUUCUGACCAACCUUGUAAACUGCUCUGUCCAGGGGCAGGUGGUAAGGGAUAUCUCAGUGCUGUCCUCAGAGGCAGGUGGCAAGGAAUCAGAGAAACCUCAAGUAGAAGUCAUUUCUUCUGAAGGUCCUGGGGAGCCCUCUUCUUCCCUGGAAGUUUCUACCAUGCCAGCAGGCCCCGAGAAAGCCAAGACCCAGGAGAUGAAUUCAGAUCCUCCUGUUGUUCAGGUGGCUGCAGAAGUCACAGGGGUGACUCUUCACACAGCUGGAGUUUGUUCCCUUUCCCCUGCUGGACAGAUCCCAAGUGAGGCAAAGGAAGCCAACACAGAAACAGAGUGUGAGAGGAAGCAGGACCAGCUGAAUUUCCUGCUAGAACAUGAAAGUGUCUUCUCAAAUGCAGUCUUGCUUACCCAGGACACACUGAAAAGACUGGAAGAAUGCCCAGAGAUUAAAGGCUCUCAGAAGCAGACCAUAAUGGGAUGUCUCAAGGAUGAAGGAGGAGGCUCAGUAUUCCAGAGAAUCCUGGACAAAGUGCACGAUGGGAGCCUAGAUGUGCAGGUGGUCUUGUCUCUGAUGAGACUGUACCAGGAGUCCACACCUGCAGAGAAGGUGUCUCAGCUUCAGCCAGAAGGGAGCGCAGGGGAGGGAAAGACCUUGUCUGUUCUGUUACUGGAACACAAAGAGGACCUGAUCCAGUGUGUAACACAGCUCAGACCUAUUGUGGAGUUCCUGGAAACAGCCAAGGAGGAAUUCCUGCCUGUCUCCGAAAAAAGGGUGAUUCUGAACUGCUGUGAGGGCAGAACACCCAAGGAGACGAUAGAGAAGCUGUUGCACAGAAUGGCUGAAGAGAAGACCCUGCCUGCGGAGAGCCUGGUAAAACUCCUCCAGGCUGUGAGGACGGCGUUCCCAAACCUGGGCCUCCUGCUGGAGAAUUUGCAGAAAGUAGCGGAGUCGCCUGGUACUGCAGGGCUAGCCAGGGUCACCUGUGAAACUGAACGGAGGACAGAGGGGCCCAGGAGGCUGUGCAUCCCAGCAGACUGUGUGGGUGAAUCCCUCCCUAGCCCUGAGGACUAUGGUGCUGAGCUGUUGAGAAAGUACCACGAAAACCUGUCUGAGGUUCUCACAGACAACCAGGUGCUGCUGAAGAUGAUCUCACAUGUGAAGAGCUUAGCCCCUGGAGACAGAGAGGUUAUGGAGACACUCGUGAAACAGGACUCUGGCUCAGGGGGCUUCAGUUCCCUGAUGUCAGCAGCUCUGGAAAGGCAAACUCUCUCUGCAACAGCUGUUUGGCAGCUGCUGCUAGUGGCUCAAGAGGCCCAGACCUGCCCACUGAACCUGCUCUUGGAAGAAGUAGGAAGGGAGCCUGGCGCCGGGGCUUUCUUCCGGGCAGUGACUGCCCCAGAGAGCAUUGUCUUGGAAACAAUCCUGAGGCAUAGCAGGCUGGUCACAGAGGCCGUCCAGCAGAUGAUGGAGCUCAAGCACUUCUCUUCAGAGGAUGAGCGUCUGGCUGAGAUUGUGAAAGAGAUGCUGAGCAUAUCCUCUGAGACAGUGAGUCCUGAAGUGGCCCUGAGAGCAGUGCUGAGCAAGGGCAUGGAGAAAUCUGUCUCGGCCACUGCACUCUGUCACCUCCUGUGUAGUGUCCACAAGUCUUUCUCUGGCCUGCAACCCCUCAUGCAGGAAUUGGCACAUGGUGGGUUUCUUACCAAGGAAAAUGGAGAGGAGAGUCUGUUCAUGGUGAGUGAUAGGUUUCACUCUGGAGCCAAGGACAAAGAGGAGAAAACAGCCAAUGCAGCCAGAGAAGACUGCCAGCCGACAGAACAAAAGGAUCGGGGGGAACCUGAGUCUGUGCCAGAGCAACAGGAGAAAGACACUUCUGCCUCCCCGGACUCUGCCAAGAAGAGCUUCAUCUGCAAAGCCUGUGACAAGAGCUUCCAUUUCUACUGUCGUCUGAAGGUGCACAUGAAGCGCUGCCGGGUGGCCAAGAGCAAACAGGUGCAGUGUAAGGACAGCAGUGAGACCAAGGACUCGGAGAAGGGGCUGCAGAAGCACCAGCCGGAGACCCACGGCACGGCGGGAGAGCCUGACGCCCCCAAGAAGAAGAAGAAGCGGCUGCCUGUGGCAUGCGACCUCUGCGGAAGAGAGUUUGCUCACGCCUCAGGCAUGCAGUACCACAAGCUGACCGAGCACUUCGACGAGAAACCUUUCUCCUGUGAAGAAUGUGGGGCCAAGUUUGCAGCCAACUCCACCCUAAAGAACCACUUGCGCCUUCACACCGGGGACCGCCCGUUCAUGUGCAAGCACUGCCUCAUGACCUUCACUCAGGCCUCAGCCCUGGCUUACCACACCAAGAAGAAGCACUCGGAAGGGAAAAUGUAUGCAUGCCAGUACUGUGAUGCUGUGUUCGCCCAAUCCAUCGAGCUGUCCCGGCAUGUGAGGACCCACACCGGGGACAAGCCGUAUGUCUGCAGGGACUGUGGAAAGGGCUUCCGGCAAGCCAAUGGCCUCUCCAUCCACCUGCACACCUUUCACAACAUAGAAGAUCCUUAUGACUGCAAGAAAUGCAAGAUGAGCUUCCCCACACUGCAAGAUCACCGGAAGCAUAUCCACGAGGUGCAUUCCAAGGAGUACCACCCCUGCCCCACAUGUGGGAAGAUCUUCAGCGCCCCUUCCAUGCUGGAGCGGCACAUGGUGACCCAUGUUGGAGGGAAGCCCUUUAGCUGUGGGAUCUGCAACAAGGCCUAUCAGCAAUUGUCUGGUCUGUGGUACCACAAUCGGACCCACCACCCGGAUGUGUUUGCUGCCCAGAACCAUCGGUCACCCAAGUUCUCAUCACUGCAGUGCAGCUCCUGUGACAAGACCUUUUCCAGCACCAUCGAACACAAGAAGCACAUCAAAGCAGAGCAUGCAGAUCUGAAGUUCCAUGAGUGUGACCAGUGCAAGGAACUCUUCCCCACACCAGCUCUGCUGCAGGUUCACGUCAAAUGCCAGCAUUCAGGGUCGCAGCCAUUCCGGUGCUUGUACUGCGCGGCUACUUUCCGCUUUCCUGGAGCGCUGCAGCACCAUGUCACCACAGAGCACUUCAAGCAGUCGGAGAGCACCUUCCCCUGCGAGCUCUGUGGCGAGCUCUUCACCUCCCAGGCCCAGCUUGACAGCCACUUGGAGUCUGAGCACCCAAAGGUAACGGGCACUGAGACCCAGGCAGCUGCUUCUCAGACGGUGCAGGUGAUCCAAGCUCCAGAGCCAGCGGCCCCAGCUGAGCAGGUGAUCACUUUAGAGGAGACUCAGCUUGCUGGCUCACAGGUGUUUGUGACUUUGCCAGAUUCACAGACCUCUCAGAACAGCUCUGAGCUUGUAGCAGUGACGGUGGAGGAUUUGCUGGAUGGUACCGUCACCCUGAUCUGUGGUGAGGCCAAGUGAAUGACUGCUCCCUCCAGUAGAGGGGGACUGUACUGUACCAGAGAGGAAGCUCGUGGCCUGCCUGCCUCUGCUCUAGCUGCUGUCCCAAGUGCUGAGCUGCUUGGCUCAGCUCCACCCUGGUGCUCUCACUUGGAAAUCAGAGGCUUCGUCGUCAUCUUCCGAGGAUCCAGUGUCUGAGACAUCCACUCUGACGCCAGCACUACCGCCUUGGUGGCAGACAGCCUCAAUCCUCCAGGCUGCAGCUCAGGCCUAGAUUCCAUCUACCCCCAGGGAAGUCUGGCUUCUGAAAUCAGAGUCCGAAGGAUUAGUGGAUGAGAGCUGGUGGCCAGGGUGGCCGAGGAGAUACAGCAUGCUGGGUACCCUCUGAAGCAGGGGGGUUGCCCUCAGAAGCAGAGUCUGAGCCCACAAAGGGCCUACAGACACCACCAGUGCCUCUGCCAGUAAAGCACCAACACAGCCUCCAGGGACCCCAGCUUGGCAGCCUGCCCUUCCCCACUUCCCCCAUCCAUCCUCCCCUCUGCUCAGGUGCCCCUCAGAGUUUAGCUGUAAAGCAGGUGGCGGUGUUAAUGUACAGGAAGUCCUCAUUGUUCUUCUGGAUCCCUCCUGCUCUGCCCCUCCCAAAACAAAGCUUUGGAGCAUUGCUGCUGGGAGGCAGCUUCAUGUGAGGGCGUCCAGCUGUGUCUGCCUUCCUGGACGUUCUUCACUGCAUUCCUUAUGCAGAGCUUCCCUGGGAUCCCCAGCCUUCCACACCUUCCAGUAAUCGAGGCUGAAACAUCUCCUCAGCCCAGAGACCUCUUGCUGGCUUCCUCUGGAGCAUGUGAUGGCCUGAUGAACCAGCUCCUGGGGGCAGGCCUGUGCCUGCAUGUGGUGGAUGAGAAGCAUCCGAGGUGGCCUCUGCUUCUGCCACUGGCCCACAUGCCUGGUGGGUGGCCUGCUCUCUGGGCUUCCCCUGGCUGCAUGCUUACUGCAGAUUGGUGCUCCGUUCAAGUCUUGAGUGUCUCAGAGCCUUUUAUCUUUAGUUCCUGAAGUACAAUCUGGUAAUUGAUGGCUUGUGGAAUCUGGUGGAAAGUGCAAUUAGAUGGAUGUUGGUUCCUGCUGCUUAGAGAGAAGGUCUUGCAUUGAUCUUCCUUUCCUAGAAGCCCAAAGAUAGACGUGGGCUAUUCCAGCUUUUGCCCAUCUGCCAGGGCUCCCUGCCACCUAGUGUGGCUUGACUCCCUACAGAGGUCACUUACCUUUAAGCCACCUGCUGUCUGAGAGAAGCCCCCACCAUGUGCAGGGAUGAGGGUCCAGUCUGGUCAUAGUCGAGAUGCAUUACCACGUCCCUGCACCUGGCUCACUGUGGAGGACAGCAGUGUUCAAGGGCUGCCCUUUGCCCUCAGCUCAGCACAGGCAGCCCUGCUGAGUUUCCAGGCUGGAUUCCAGCUUUGGCCAGCCUAUCCCGAUCAAGCCCACCCUCCUCACUGUAUAUGCUGGUUGCUUGAAUUUAUCAGCUAGCAAAUCUUUCCCUUUCUAAAGUAAAUGGUUCUCAAAGCCAGUCAGCCUCAGAAACCGAACACUGACCAGAAGAUGGUGCUCAAACAUCAAGGCUUCACCUCCCUGGAAGCUCAGCAUUCCCACACUGUGCCCGGCCUGCUGCCUUUCAGACCUGUGGCAGCCGGCCAGGGGAGCUCUUGAUCUGUAAGUGGUGUGAUGGUACCCUGGUCCCUCCGCAUCAAGUAACCCACUGAAAGACAGUGAAACGGCACAUGCUUCCCGGCUCUGUCUGGAUCAGCACCUCACGAGCCGUGUGGUGGAGUUAGGAAGCAUUAUCAGCGUCACCACUGAUAAGUGUCUCUUCCUGACAAAAGGCAAAAUAAUACAUCGCUGAGGGCAUGUGAGGAAAAGUCAGCCUGAACGCAAAGAGCUAGAAGUCAGAGACCUGAGUGUCACAUCCUUCCCAGCCUGAGAAACCCAGUCUCGGUUUCCUGGGGACCCAGGUGGUGCUCAGGCACGUGCUCCCUCAGUCACCAGAUGUAGUCUGCUGUACUGUAAAGAGCUGUAGGGCAGGUGGGCUUGCUGCCCAUCUUGGAUGCACAGCUCCGGAGCACACGCUGCUGGAAGCAUUGCAGCGCUGGAUCUCACAGGAGCACGGAGAGUACGUCCCCGUCCUCAGUGGUGUGCUGUGACGGGUGGCCUCCGAAGAAGCCUGGGGAAAGUCUGCCGCUGCCGCCCCAGCGGCCUGACCUACUGCAGGGGCAUUGUCAAUGGGCCUCCUUAGUUCACAUUGCUUUUACAACGGAAGUGUGGUGCCGUUUGCUUCAUCCCCAUGAACGUUGCCUGCCUAGCCCUAGGGCUGCAGCUAGAGGAGUCUCCAGCUUCCUUGAAGUUUGUGUAUUUGAACAGUGGGCCCCAGUCCUCCCCGGAGAUCCUGAUCCAGUCACUGAAGAGGGGAAGGUAGAUGCCAAGCUGAAGUCUGGUUGGUCAGUCACCAGUGCAUGGUGACUGAAGAGCAGAGACCGCUGUGAGCAGGUGAGACUUGCUGUCCAAUGCACGAGCGUUUGGGCCAGUGCAAUAGACAAAGGUCUUUCUCAGCUGUUUUAUAAGGCUGGACUCUGUCUCUAAAGCUCUAUGUGGGAAAAGCUUUGAGUUCAGUCAGUACCCAAGCUUAGGCUCUAGGCCUGCGUGUUGUGCUGGCCAUUCCAAGGAAACCUCUGGCCCAUGCCGACUGCAGGGGGAUACCUCAGCCUUGUCCCUAGGGCCUGAGUUCCGAUGGUCAGGGCUGCGGGAUGAGAUAGGGACAGAGAGAUGCCAAAUAAGGAAAAAGGAUCUCUGUUCUCUUGGGGAUGGGAGGGUGUGCCUUUAAAUUUCAUGUGCCUGAGAACCUGCACUGACAAAAGAUAGAGACACUGACGGCCUCACUCAGAGCAGGCUAGUGCUUCUAGGGGACAGGAGGAUUCCUUUGGGAACUAGAAAGUUGACCGGUGGCAGUGACACUGGUUUGCUCUCCCAGCCCAGCCUGGUUCUGUAGGGCCCUGUGUGUCCCAGCAGACACUUGGGAGCCUAGAAGAAAAGUGAAAGACUUGGGGCCCAGGGACUCAGAGGCAGGUUAAUAGUUUUGUUGCUGUGGAAACAUUGGGGCACUGAGGACUUAUGCUAAAAACUCAGAAAGAAACUCAAACUUAUUCCAGUCUGACUGGGCCUAUGAAAGGGAGGAGAGUGGUAGGUACAUUCUUUGGGGACUGUUGUUGAGGAAAUCGUUCUUUGGGCUAAUUUACAUGGCCUCCAAAUUGUGAAAUUGGUCAUGAUUUCCCUCAGCAAGGCCAAUGAUGUUUGUUUCCAUCCAUGAGCAGGACAACCAGCCCCAUGAGAAGCUGUGUAAACUGGAUUGCAAACUGGAACUCUGCUCAACAGGCACUGUGGAUAGAAAUAAAGUGUGGACUUUGGAAGCAAAA